CCAAAAUUACAUGAACGGUGCGAAACCCUCCCUUUUCUAGCCCUAGUUUUGUGCUGCCUUUUUUUUUUUUUUUUUGUGGAAGAGAAAGCAAAUUAAAAUUAAAGUUGAAAGAUGGAGGAGUAUGAAGGCAAUGGAGAAGAUAAUAAUAAUAAUAUAGACAAUAAUGUCUCUUCUCCUUAUAGUGAUUCCAAGUCUCAGCAUACUUCUCGUGACCCCGAGAAAGAAAGGGGCUCAUCAAGAAGCAGGGAGAAGGAGAGAGAGAGAGGACGUGAUAAAGACCGGGACAGGAAUAGAGAUAGAGACAGAGGUAAGGAAAGGGACAAAGAUAGGGAUAGGGACAGAGAGAAGGAGAAGGACCGUGAUCGUCAUCACAGAGAUCGUCAUAGGGAUCGGAGUGAUAGGAGGGAGAGGGAGAGGACCAGAGAUCGGGAUGAAGAUGAUCUUCAUCGAACGCGGGAUUACGAUAGGCGAAGAGACAAUGACAAAGAUAGAGAGGACCGCCAGAGACACAAGCCUAGCUCUAGGGGUAGAUCAAGGUCUCGAUCACCAUCUAAGAGCAAAAGGAUCAGUGGUUUUGAUAUGGCACCUCCUACCAGUGCAUUGUUACCUGGCGCUACUGAUGUUACAGCUUAUAUUACAAGGAAGAACGAUACAGGUCAAGUUCCUGGUGCUAAUCCAUCAAUUCCUGGAAUGUUUUCUAACAUGUUCCCUCUAGCAGCAGGCCAGUUUGGAGCUCUCCCUAUCAUGCCAGUCCAGGCAAUGACACAGCAGGCUACCAGACAUGCUCGGCGUGUUUAUGUUGGUGGACUUCCGCCUACUGCAAAUGAACAGUCUGUUGCUACCUUCUUUAGUCAUGUCAUGUAUGCAAUUGGAGGAAACACUGCUGGUCCAGGGGAUGCGGUUGUCAACGUUUAUAUAAAUCAUGAGAAGAAGUUUGCGUUUGUUGAAAUGAGAUCUGUUGAGGAAGCAAGUAACGCUAUGGCUCUGGAUGGUGUCAUUUUUGAGGGCGGACCAGUUAAGGUUAGAAGACCCAGUGAUUACAAUCCUUCCUUGGCAGCUACUCUUGGUCCUAGCCAACCGAGCCCCAAUCUCAACCUGGCAGCAGUUGGAUUAACACCAGGUUCUUCUGGAGGGCUUGAAGGUCCUGACCGUAUAUUUGUUGGUGGUCUACCCUACUAUUUUACAGAAUCACAAAUCAGGGAACUUUUAGAGUCUUUUGGUCAACUUCGAGGAUUUGAUCUGGUCAAAGAUAGAGAAACUGGGAACUCAAAAGGCUAUGCUUUUUGUGUGUACCAGGAUGUGUCUGUUACUGAUAUAGCUUGUGCAGCUCUUAAUGGGAUUAAGAUGGGAGAUAAAACUCUUACUGUUAGGCGGGCUAACCAGGGAACUAACCAACCAAACCCUGAGCAAGAGAGUGUAUUGUUGCAUGCACAACAGCAGAUAGCUUUGCAGAGAUUCAUGUUACAACCUGGUGCAUUAGCUACGAAGGUCUUGUGCUUAACACAAGUGGUUAGUGUAGAUGAGCUCAAUGAUGAUGAUGACUAUCAAGAUAUUUUGGAAGAUAUGAGAGUUGAAUGUGGUAAAUUUGGAUCUCUCCUGAAUGUCGUCAUUCCACGCCCAAAUCCUAGUGGUGAGCCUACACCUGGACUCGGGAAGGUAUUUCUGGAGUAUGCAGAUGUUGAAAGUUCCAGCAGAGCUCGGCAAGGGCUGAAUGGAAGAAAAUUUGGUGGUAACGAAGUUAUUGCCGUCUUCUACCCAGAGAACAAGUUCUCUGAGGGAGAGUACGAGGCUUAGCUGUACCACUAAUAUUUAUGACAUAAUCUUUAGAUUACUACAAGGAGAUAUUUGCAUGGCUUGUAGGAAUUAUCUCCUUUUGGGAGGAGGGGGAGCUUAAACAGUUCCCUUGUUUUCUCUUAAUUUUUUCUUCUUUUUUCAUUUUUUUUGGGAGCAGAUUUUUUUUUUUCCCCAGGAUUUUAAAGUAAUAUUGUGGCUAAAGAUGGUGCAAAAUGUUUAACGGGAAUGAUUGUCGGCUUGUUUGUAUGCUUUUUUAUAGUUAUGGCUAGUACCCAGGUCUUCGUGUC